UCUCUCCGCACUCCGCACGGAUAAUUCAACAGUUCAGCAACUGCAUGCUUCAUGUAUUUAUUUAUAUUAUGUUUCUUUCCUUGUCAAGCGAUUAGGAAGGAUCACGGAUCAAUUGUAAAGUGAAAAUGUGGAAAUUGUUUUCUGCGCCUGCCGUCAUCCGUCACGUAAUCUGCCUAUAUCAUGACUUAUACGGGUCGGAAUAUUAAUGUUCGUGAAAGUACGUGUGAUGGGCUAUUAAAAUUAAGGAAGACAUCUAAAGAAAUUCUACUGCAUCAAUAAUGCACUUCCUAUGUUCCGCCAACACGUUCACCUGUCUACCGCCACCUGCCUUCUUAACCAACUACACACGGCGUACAUGCGUCACAGCCGUGUAUGCUCUGCUGUUAAGCAUAAUAUUCUAAGGGACUUUAGUUCGCCUACAUAGCACACGUAUAGUGAGGCCAUGAUCUUUCACCACAUACUUGUGUCCAUCCGGUAAAUACGACCACGACCGCCCGCGGUCGUGCAGUCAACGUUACGCUGUCGUUGACUACGGUCGUGAAUCGAGUUGACUUCGCAGUUUUGAUAAGCGUUUGAAUAUCGUAGAAGACGCCGAAGAAAGAGAUCCAUCCGCCCAUACGCGAUACAGACUAAGUUCGACGAACUCUAAACGGGAGGAGCAUCGGCGAUAUCAUUGCCCCGCAAAUGCCUCGGGAUACUCUCGGAAAUGUUUGCAAUGUUCGCGAGCAUUUCGUAAAAAUAUUCUCAAUGUAACAGUCACGUGGUAUUGAAUCUUCCGCUUCUACUAUCUGAAAGGGCGAAAUAUAUUUUACGAUUACACCAAUUUUACAAAUAUCUCUUAUAAUUAUUAGUGCAAAAAGUUUCAAAGAUACACACAAGUUGGAGAGAUAAAAUUAGAAUAAAGACUUUAAAAAAGAUUUUUAACGUAAAUUUAGAAAACGAUUUAAAAAUUUAAAGAUAAACGUUAUUUUUAAUCAAACGUGAUUGAAAUGAGAACAAAUUCGUGAUAUUUAUAUCAACAACUAAAAUUUCGCGAAAGAUCUAUGAUAGCGCUUGUCGAUUUGCAACAUAUAAUAAAUGCGAUUUGUCAACAUUGGACAUUAUUAAAGAGGAUCGUUCCUCGUCCAGCAUGCCUGCUUUUGGUUUCUUGAUGCAGUCAACCGAAUGUAUCAACGCCGAUUUAUGAUGUCAACCGGAUAUCUCAAACGAUGGUGCGCGGUCUUUCGCAGUGGACCAAAACUCUGAGUUUCCCAGCGAGGGUGUCACCCCAAAGACCCGUGAAAGAAUCCAAGGGUUUUCACGUAAGUCCCAGUGCUAGCCCCACAACACCGCCCAGCCCAAUCAACGAUACGAUGGACAAAACGCCUAUAAUUACUGACGAGACCUUCCAAGACACGGAGGCCGAAAAGGCAAUAAUGGGUUCAGUCGUAUACUGCAUACAUCACAAGGAUGGCUGCAAAUGGUCGGAUGAAUUAAGGAAGCUGAAGGCGCACUUGAAUACAUGUAAACAUGAUGCGGUUCCAUGUGGCAAUAAAUGUGGAGCGAUGAUUCCUCGUGUACUUAUGGAAGACCAUCUGAAAUAUACCUGCGCCCAGCGUAGGGCUCGUUGCGACUUUUGUGCCAAAGAGUUUACUGGACAUACUUUAGAGAAACACACGGGAACAUGUGGCUAUGAGCCUCUGUAUUGUGAAAACAAGUGCGGAAUGAAGGUGCAAAGGCGACACCUCGGACAGCACAAGUUAGGAGAAUGUGCCAAAAGAUUGGUCGCCUGUCGUUACUGUAACAAAGAAUUCGUUUUCGAUACGCUCGGCGCUCAUCACACGAAAUGCGGUCGAUUCCCUGUUGCAUGCCCUCAUCGUUGUGAAACCGCAGUGCUUCCUCGAGAGGAUCUCGAAGUUCACUUAAAGGAUCAUUGCACCACACAUCUACUUUCCUGUACAUUCAAGGACGCUGGUUGUCGCUUCAAGGGAAAUAGAUUUUCGCUUGAUAAACAUCUAGAAGAAUCCGCAAAAAUGCAUCUAAGUCUCAUGUGUAGUCUCGUAACGAAGCAGCAACAUCAAAUAACCAGUCUAAAGUCAGCGAUCAGCAAACUAUCAUUGAAUUAUACGGGCACACUUAUAUGGAAGAUUACCGACUAUGCCACAAAGAUGUCAGAAGCGAAAGCGAAGGAAGGAAUGGAGCUUGUUAGUCCACCUUUUUAUACUAGUCAAUACGGAUAUAAAUUGCAAGCUUCGAUUUUUUUAAAUGGAAAUGGAACCGGAGAAGGCAGCCACAUCUCGAUAUAUAUAAAAAUCCUGCCUGGCGAAUAUGACGCACUUCUACGAUGGCCGUUCUCGCACAGCGUAUCGUUUACGAUGUUUGAUCAGACAGUCAUUGCGGAGAAGGCUUGCAACAUCGUAGAAAGUUUCAUACCUGAUCCGACGUGGAAGAACUUUCAACGGCCAAGUCGCGAACCAGAUUCUCUCGGUUUCGGCUUCCCAAGGUUCGUGUCCCAUGAGAUGGUGAAGAAGCGACACUUCGUCAAAGAUGACACCAUGUUUAUUCGAGUUAAAGUGGAUCCUAGUAAAAUCGUAGCGGUUUAAAAAAUGCGUCAACACGAUGAUUCGACUAAAGCAUUACGUUUAUGGUUACGAACUUUAAUGUGAUAUUUCCGAGUACUCGCUUGAACAAGGCAUACAGUACUUAUACUAUUUUAAAUUAUGUGGCAAUAAUGCAAACUGUGAAACCCCGAGUGAAAACGCAAAUAUAGGCGAGAAUUGUGUCGUCUAUCUACGUCAUGACAAUUUUGUUUCGUUUGUUUAGACAUUAUUACAAGUAUUGCUGAUAUAAUUGUAGAAUUAAUAACUUAUUGACACUGCCAAACACGAUGCAUCAAAACGUAUUUACUUUUUCAGUUUCAUGACUUUUUCUUUUAUUUUUAAAUUUAUUACCGUAUAAUUAUUUUCUGUGGUGUAUAAUUUAAGCAUACUGAAUAUUAACCCUCGGAUAGAGUGAAUACGAGCGGGAAAGCCGAGUGCACGGUGGAGGCUGGGUCUAUUUUGAUUUAUAACGAAAUUUCAUUUGCACACAUCCCAGAUUAAAAUUUUAUAUAUAUACAUAUACAUUUAUAUACAUACACACUAUACUUGUACAUGACAAAACAAAAAGAAUCAUUUAAAAAAUAAGAAUUGAUAUUUUUGAACAAUGCACACAAAAUAUUUAUUUCCAUAAAUAUAUUUAACUUUUUUGUACAAAUUUCUUAAAACAUUUUAAAAAUAUAGAUCACAUAAGUAACCUGGCAUCCGUAGACGAAAGGUUAAUAUACAUUAUUAGCUUUAUCAUUAUUCUACGAUAGCUUGUGAUUAUUUGCUAUCUUCCUAAUGAUCUGUCAUUCAUAUUUAUAAGAUUAUAUCUUUUUUGAAAAUAUCUAAUGAGUGAGCGAAAAUCUUCGAUUUUUUUAGUGGCCUUAUAAUCGCGACUGAAAGUUUAUUCUUAGGGAAUAAAAAUCAAAGAUUAUUAAGAAAUUUUGUAUGUAUUAUAAGCUUAAAAAGUGUAAAUAUAAGUGUGGAAUGCCAUACAGUAAUGGACAAUGAAUUAAUUGAGACAAAUUGACCAAUGUAAAUAUGCACUUUUUAUACAUAGUGAUAAUGAGAAAUGUGAUCGAGAUAUGCUAUAGUAAACAUAUGUAACAAUUUAAAAGUUAAAAUCGAUUAAUAAAUUUGUUAUAUAUUAA